AACGUCGCAUUAUGUUUCAGUGUAGCCUAGCCAGGCGCCAUGAGAUGUUUUCAAUUACAUCAUUUUUUGAAAGCUGUGAUAAUCAUUCAUGCGUGACGUAAACAUAAUGUACCAGACCAAUAACCUAAAUCCUAUGAUUUGUAUCUUUAUUUUACAGUUGUCUGUUUUUGGCAAAGCUCGGUCUCGUGCGUAAAAGUGCCUAGUUAUGCGCAACAUGGGUGUCAUCGAGGAAAUGGGCUGUCUUGCCUCAAAAACCUUAUGUUAAUCCUUAGCUGCUGAAGUGUCUUUUUACGAAAUGUACAUAAUGGGGACCUGACAGAAAAUGGGGGAGGGUCAUGCUUUUUCAAUUUCAGUCAGGGGGAGCUUUUAGUAUUUUUUUUAAAACUCUAGUCCAUGGUAGGGUCAUUUAAUUUGUAAUUGAUUACGUUUCUAUAUUUAUCAGUGUUCUAUAAUUAGUUGCUUAUUCGGCUAUAUAUCGAUGUGUGUCCGAUACCACCCCCUCAUCUCUGAUUCUCCGCUGGGUACACAAUAUCAAGCGUCUGUAGUCUAUUUGGUGUGGUCUCAAUCAAAUGAUCCAUAGCCUAUAGGCUAUACGAAGUGCAUGGAGAAGCUCAGAGCCAAGUCAUAUUUCUAAGAAAAUGUACUUGCUUCCUGAGUCUUAUGCGCUGCAGAACACUUGCCCAUUGUGUGUUUAUUAGAGUUUUUGACCUCACAAUAAGCCUGAUUCAAUUAACUUGGUGCUGAAACUUGAAGUGGCAGCCGCUGCACAAUCAAUCUGAAAUGGACAGCUCAUGGUGCUGAAAUUAGGCAAAUUCGAGUAGGCAUAAUUCAUUUAAACCAUCUUCGUUUUAAUUUUACUUUACUAACAACAAGAGGGGUUUAUGUUGGAGCUUAUUUCUUCCUAUAUAAGAGGUUAUCCUACCUGCUUGACAGACAGAAUAUGGCUAUAGGCUGCUAUCCAUCAAUUGUUCGUCCAAUUCCUCCACCCACAAUGCACUCUUUAAAUAGCCUAUCUUCGUGUCAAUAAAGGGUUGUUAAGUUAAAACCAGGACUCGGAUUGAGGGGUAUGAGAGGGUAUGCCAUAGGCCUUCCUUAUAUUAAAGAAAACGGCAAAAACCAUAGGUGUAACGUCUGCUUCCAACUCACACUCUCAAACACCUAGAUCCCCUGAACGCAGCUCACUCUCCAGAUCCCAAUCACCUGAAUUCUGAUCACCAGUUCACACACCUGUAUGUCAUUAUCACACACUAUUUAGUUCAGUUCAUUGCACUCCAUCACUCCAUCACUGUGCGGUUUUGUUUUGUACACAUUCUAUUCGGAGCUCUGUUUAUUUCCAUUUUAGUCCUCCCGUGUAUCGUAGUUUUUGGCCAUCCUCACUAACAACGUUUUUUUUUUUUUGCAUAUUCCCUGCCUGUACUUUUGCCUAUCAGAUUUCCUGUCAUCAACCUCUUGCCUGACCUCCCGGACUAUGUUAUUAUCCUUUUUCCCUGCCUGUACUGUUACCUUUUUGGAUUCCCUGUGUAUGACCUUCUGCCUGUCCCUGGACCCAUCUACCUGCCUCCUCCUGUGGUCCUUUACUAAAUAAACACCUGCUGAACCCUGCGCUUGAAACCAGCACUCUGUCUCCCAUCAUACACAUUACAAUAGGCCUAUCCAUUGUUAGCUUAAUUUACUGCAGUGGGCUAAAUCAGGGUCACACUCUUGGUAGUCUUAAACAAAGCUACUUUGAAACAAAAGUAUACACCCAUGUAUUACACACAUGCUUAUGGGCUUAAAAAAACAUGUUGUCAGAUAUAAAGUUGAAAUGUAUUACAUUUUUUAGUUUGCAUCCCAAUAUUAAACAUUAUAUACACUACCGUUCAAAAGUUUGGGGUCACUUAUAAAUGUCCUUGUUUUUGAAAGAAAAGCACAUUUUUGGUCCGUUAAUGUCACGCCCUGAUCUGUUUCACCUGUCCACCAUCCGGCAUACACGGUAAAACGCCUCCUGGGUGUUCGACCAUGGGGCAGGGGUUUCCAGUACCUGGUUGACUGAGAAAGUUACGGCCCGGAGGAGAGGUGCUGGGUUCCCGCUACAGACAUCCUGGAUCCAGCCCUCAUCGCCGACUUCCACCUCCGACACCCCGUAAACCAGACAGACAGACAGUCGAGUUGUGUCUGAGUGUCGUUAUGAGAUGUCGUCUCUCAGUGCCUUCUUCGUGCAAAUCAAGUUUGAUGACGUCCACUUCUACGAGAACUGCGGCGGCGGCAGCUUCGGGAGCGUGUACCGAGCCAGGUGGAUCUCUCAGGACAAAGAAGUGGCGGUGAAAAAGCUGCUCAAGAUCGAAAGUGAGGCUGAAAUCCUCAGUGUACUCAGCCAUCGCAACAUCAUUCAGUUCUACGGGGCGAUCCUCGAAGCACCCAACUAUGGAAUCGUCACUGAAUAUGCCGGUGGAGGGUCCCUGUAUGACUACCUGUCCAGUGCGGAGAGUGAGGAGAUGGACCUGGGACAGGUCAUGACAUGGGCCAUGGAGAUUGCCAAAGGCAUGCACUAUUUACACUCAGAGGCCCCGGUCAAGGUUAUCCACAGGGAUCUGAAGUCCAGGAAUGUGGUUGUGACGGCAGACAAAGUUCUUAAGAUCUGUGAUUUUGGGGCAUCCCGGUUCCACUCCCACACCACACACAUGUCCCUGGUAGGCACGUUCCCCUGGAUGGCCCCAGAAGUCAUCCAGAGCCUGCCCGUGUCUGAGACCUGUGACACCUACUCCUACGGCGUGGUUCUCUGGGAGAUGCUCACCCGGGAGAUUCCCUUUAAAGGCCUGGAGGGCUUACAAGUCGCCUGGCUGGUGGUGGAGAAGAGUGAGAGAUUAACCAUUCCCAGUAGCUGCCCAGCUAGUUUCGCUGAGCUGAUGAUGAAGUGCUGGGUGACUGAGCCAAAGGAAAGACCAAUGUUCAAACAUAUCCUUAUAACCCUGGAGUCCAUGUCCAAUGACAGCAAGCUUCCUGAACAGUGCAACUCCUUCCUACACAACAAGGCAGAAUGGAGCUGUGAGAUCGAGGCCACACUGGAGAGACUGAAGAAGUUGGAGAGGGAUCUGAGCAGCAAAGAGCAGGAACUGAAGGAGAGAGAACGUCGCCUGAAGAUGUGGGAGCGCAAGCUCAUUGAGCAGUCCAACACCCCGCUCCUUUCCAACCUUCAUAUUCAUUCCUGGACAGAGGAACAUGUGUACUUUUGGAUGCAGCAGAUAUUUGGGACAGGGGAGGGGGCAAGUGGCAUGCAGCUGUAUGGUGACCUGUUUAAGGAAAACCACAUUACAGGCAAGAGGCUGCUGCUGCUCACGGAAACAGACAUGCGAGACCUGGGGGUCAAGUCCAAAGGUCACAUCAUGCACCUCAAGAGUGAAAUUGAGAAGCUAACCAAUGAUUACAUGGUGCUCUUUCACUUCCCUCCACUAAUGAAGGAUGAGUGGGCAGAGGAGGAGGAGGAGAGGAGGAAGAUGGUUAAUCUGGAGCUGGUGUUUGGGUACCACUGGAAAGCAGGAACAUGUCACUCGGACUGCAAAUGGAAAAUGUACAUUGAACUUGACGGAGAUGAAGUUGCAAUAACGUACAUCAAGGAUGUGACCUUUAAUGCCAACAGACAGGAUGUGGAUGUCCUGAAGAUGACCAAGCCCCCUUUUGUGAUGGACAAAUGGGUAGUUGGACUAUGGGAGAAUGAGGUUGUUGACUGCAUUGUAAAUUAUGAGAACGAUGUGAGAUCACCCAGGUGUACGAGACAUACCCAUGCAGUGAGGUGGAACCCCACCGGUGGACGAGAUGAGAUCAAGACUGUGGAGUUGCUGAUAGAAACAGCUCAGUUAAACAUUGAAGGAAACCCCAGAAGCAGAUCAAACUCAAAAGAUGUGGAUCCCAGAUGGUUGUACAACCUGAGACAGAGGCAGCUGAAGAGCCAGUCAGCAGCACAGCAGCAUGGUGCCCAGACCCCCACCGGAGGCUCAGAAACCCGCACCCUGUCUCAGUUCCUGUCUGCAUAUGGAGAUCAGGCCUCUUCCUACGCUGCAGCAGUGCGGAGGUCUCCCAACAGCCCCCUCUCUCCCUGGUGCUCCCGCAGCUCGUCCCCCACCGCCGGCCUGUCCGCCAUGCUCUCCCCCCUCUACCUGGGGUCAAAGGGCAGCAGCCCCUCCAGCACCACCUCAGAGAGUGCCUUGGAGCGCGAACGCCUGCUCAGUGCCGGGGAAGUGCAAGGUUACCACAGGCACAGAAGAUGCAUUGACAACUCAUUGAGUGCAACAAGGGGACACAACAGAGACACAUGGUCCCAUACAAGGGGCAACUUCACACAGAAUAAGUCAAGCAGAACCUCACAGCAAAUGGGGAGGCCUCGGACCAAUAAUUACAGUGUAGCAGGUCAGAACCGGGCCAGGGUGAUACCGGGCAUAUCGGAGGUGGUGGAAAACCCCAGUACAGAGCAAGAGGGGGCUAAAGUCAAUGAGGGGGGAUGGAUCAAAGUGGAACGCCAGAAAAGAUUACCUCGACAGGACAAUAAACAGGCCAGAGGAAGACAGAGGAGAGGGUGUAGAGGUGGCCGUGGUGGACGAAGCAGAGAAUAAUUUGCUGUUUGAAAGUGUUAACAUCUCUUAACAGACUGGACAUCAGGUUUCCUUUGAACAUUAACCUUCACACUACUUCUAUAUAUACAUUUUCUCUCUGGGGGGGAUCUUUCUAGGUGUUAUUUGAGCUAGGGAGAAUUGUGUUUUAGGGAAUGCCCCCAAUUCAGUCUUUUAGGGCUGAUUUCUGAAUUGUACUGUUUGCACUGAAAUAUUUUUGGGAUUUAGCAUUUAAGCCUACAUAUCAUUUGUAGUUGUAUAUUGUGAACUAUUGUACAUAAGCCUAUUGUAAAUUGUAUAGCCUACAUUGUCCUAAUCUUUUUAUAUAUGAGAUAUACUGUAUAGCUAGAUAAUUAUUUUACUACAAUAUUAAAAAGUGAAUCUACCUAUGGAUACAUAAAUUGAAUAGAUUUUUUGUUAUAGUCUAUAACUAUAUGUUGGGUAAAAAAAAAAAACAUACAUGAAAGUUCAAAGUAUUAUUUCAUUAAACAAGGACGCCACGACAACACCUGACGGAAAGGACGCGGGAGUUUUUCUAUAAACCCGCCCCUUUAGGCAAAUGUAGACCUUGUGAUUUCGCGCCACGGCUUAGUACUUGAAAGGUUAGAUGUUGGUGGAUCCGUAUAUGACAUAAUGUUUUAAAAAAUGUGCACAAAAAAUAAAAUUGUCCACCAGCGGUA